AUGUCUGAUCCAGCGUCGAGCGUUUCAGUCACCACUUUGAUGAGAUUUUGCUUCGAAGUUGACAGAUGCAUUCUUUUCCAGGAUCUUAAUUAUGCAAUACCAAUGAGUGAAAUUAUCGAGAUACUGGACACAAAGAAGCUCACCGGGCAUAUCUGGCAUCUGCAACCAACUUGUGCCCUGACUGGGGCUGGAGUGAUUGAAGGAAUUGAAUGGCUUUAUAAUGAACUUAUGCCGCACAAAGAUAAACCCCGGAUGAAAAAUUUUGUGCGCUCAAGAGGUUGGCGAUGUGGUACUCUGGGCUGUUGA